UGGUGUUGUCUUCGGUGUGCUUUGCUUGAAUAAUUUCUCGUAAAACUUUGAAAGCAUUUAGCUAAUAAACUUUUCUAAACUAUUGUGUAUUUGAGGGAAGUGCUUUCAUUUGGGUGACUACGAAUUGUGUACACGACUGUGAAAAAUGUCUGAAAGCACAAGCCCAAGUGUGUUAAGUUAUUUGAGGCAGUAUAGGUUUCAGAAAAAACCGAAUGGCGAUGGUAGUAACACCAUUGUUACUAUGUCUGGCCCAUCAGCGACUGCACAACCUCAAAGCAGGAUGCCAGCCCCAAACACCAUAAACGGGCCUAUAGUCUACAAGCGCAUCAGAGUGCCUGAUUCUGACUCCGAUGAGCCUUCAUCACCAGCCAAGAGGAUCAUCAUCACCAGCCCGGUGGUGGUGACUUCUUCGCAGCCACCAAGUCAGCAGCAGGGGCAACAACAGCCACUGACUACUGCCAUCAGGGAGAAGAGGUUCAGGAACAUGCUGGAGAUGUUUCCGGAAGUCUCUCCCAUGUUCAUUAAAAACACCCUAGUGAAACACAACUGGAAUGAAGAGCGCUCAAGAGACGAACUCCUCAAACACGACCCAGAGAGCAACGAUCGUGCCCCUACCUCCUCCUCCUCCUACCAGGGCUCCCGUCCCGGCUUUUCUGGACAACGGCCUAAUGGCUCCAACAUGGGGGUAGUCCGGGUGACUAGUAAACCUGUUGGUACGGGGGUUACCAGUACCACGGUGGUGGUGAGGAAACCGCUGGCGGCGCAGGGUGGGAGGGCUAGGAGAGGCAGCAGCGGGAGUGAGGAUGAUGAUUAUGGGGUCCGGAAAGGGAAGGAUGAUAGGGUUUAUGACAGUGACGACUCAGACAACGAGGUGACAGAUGACCUGGUCGGUGACAAACGGAAGGUGUUCGAGUUCCUCAACAAGAGUAGUCUUAAUGAGUUGUCACUGCUGAGUGGAUGUUCGCAAAAGAAGGCUGACGCGAUCAUUGCGCAGAGACCGUUCAAAGGCUGGUUAGAUAUGGUAGAAAAAUUCAACAGCAUCAAGAUGCUAAGCACAGACCUUCUAAACUCCACCCAAGAGCUCCUAGCGACCAGAAACAACAUACAAAGGCUGAUGAAGAAAUGCGUGGGUUUGGCACAGCAGUUGGAAGCGGCUGUGGCGGCGGGCGCGGGAAGACUGACACAACCUGCUAUGAUGGACUCUAGUUUAACAUUAGCCCCAUACCAGCUGGUUGGUCUCAACUGGCUAGCGGUCCUACACAAGCAGGGUGUCUCCGGAAUCUUAGCCGAUGAGAUGGGUCUGGGCAAGACUGUGCAAGUGAUAGCGUUCCUGGCACAUUUGAAGGAGACCGGGCAAGCUAAGGGCACACAUCUGAUUGUCGUGCCUGCAUCUACACUUGAUAACUGGAGCGGCGAGCUCUCCCGCUGGUGCCCCGCCAUACGCGUGAGCAAGUACUAUGGACACCCUGAGGAGCGCCGGCAGCUGAGGAUACAGUACGCGAGGAGCUUGGAGGAUAUAGACGUUAUACUCACCACAUACACUAUGGUGAGCAGUUGUCCAGAGGAACGGAAGAUGUUCCGUAUAACGCCGUUACACUACGUCAUCUACGAUGAAGCUCACAUGUUGAAAAACAUGUCUACCCAGCGAUACGACAAUUUGCUUAAAAUUAAGUCGAAACACCGUCUGCUGCUAACGGGUACUCCGCUCCAAAAUAACCUUCUGGAACUGAUGUCGCUGCUCUGCUUCGUGAUGCCGCAUAUGUUCUCCGGGAAAACGGACGAUCUGAAGAGCUUGUUCCAGAAGAAUGCUAAAUCACUCCGAACUACAAAGAAAGGUGACGGCACGAAAGAAGACGAUGUUCCUCCGUUCGAGCAAAGCCAGAUCACGCAAGCCAAACGCAUUAUGAAACCUUUCGUGCUGCGUCGGUUAAAAAGGGACGUCCUACAAGACUUGCCUAAGAAGACCAACCAUACAGAACUAUGUGCUAUGUCGGAUAGACAAGAGAAGUUGUAUAAACAUCUUAUAGCUGGGUUUGCUGCUAAAGAUGGAACGAUCCACGCCACAAUGGAACAGAGCGGUAUAUCCAUGAUGAUGGACAUGCGAAAGCUAGCCAACCACCCCUGCCUCCUUCGCUACUUCUACGAAGCUGACACCGUACGGACGAUAGCCAAGCGUCUAGCCAAGGACCCGACGUACAAGGAGAAAAAUGAACAAUACGCGUUUGAAGAUCUCAUGUGUCUCUCGGACUUUCAGAUACAUCAACUGACACAAACGCAUAAUAGUAUAAGCCAAUUCGCCCUCCCAAUAAGCUUGAUCCUAGACUCGGGCAAGUUCCUCAAACUGGACGAAAUGCUGCCAAAACUGAAGGAAGAAGGCCACAGAGUACUGGUGUUCAGCCAGUUCACUAUGAUGCUGGACGUUAUAGAGCCAUACCUCAUCCAUCGCCAGUACCGGUAUCUGAGGCUGGAUGGACAGACAGCCGUCACGGACAGACAAGAACUAAUAGACCAAUACAACACGGAGGACAUUUUCGUGUUCCUACUGUCGACGCGCGCCGGCGGGCUCGGCAUCAACCUCACGGCCGCCGACACCGUCAUCAUACACGACAUCGACUUCAACCCCUACAACGAUAAGCAGGCUGAGGACAGAUGUCAUCGAAUGGGACAAACGCGACCAGUGACGAUCUACCGACUGCUAAGCUCUGGCACUAUCGAGGAGGGAAUAUACCAGGUGGCACAAGAAAAGCUCAACCUCGAGAAAGAAGUCACUGGGGCUGAUGAAAACGAUACGCAGGAACAAAAGAACGUAGUGCGACUUCUGUCCGCCGCACUCGGCCUCACCACGAACAAAUGAUAUUCGGCCGACUCGGCGCCAGUGUUGCCGUCUGCGCAGUGACUUUACUCCUACUGUAUAGGUUAGUUAUCCAAGGGUUGAUAAUUCUGCGGCGUAGCACACUAGUUCGGUAAACUUUAUCGCAUCCGUGUAUCCCUAUCGCACUUGUAAGUGCAAAAAGGACGGUCUGUUAUAUCGUUUAUCACGCGAUCAUGCUUGCCUGCCUGUACUCACUUAACACAUUGCAAUAAGUGUCUUCGGGUCUUUUUACCAAAACUGGCACAAAUAAGAACAAAAUUUUGAUAGUUUGAGUGACACCUGUAGAGAUAUACAGUGGUAACCACAGAACUAGUUCAUCUAUUUGUAUGGCGCCCGAGCGCGUCAGAUUUUGUACUGAAGUUGUAACUUGCCUGUGAUGUUGAAUAUGUCUCAGGCCCACGAGUAUGUUGUUGCAACUAAAUAUCACGUAACGAGGCAUUUUUAAUGUUUGUGUUGACUUCAACUUACAAAAAUUGACGGACGAAAGCUGCAAGUUGCGAUUAAAGACGGACAACUCCGUGGAUUUUACUGAGUUCAUUUGACACGCUAAGUAGAUACGUUUGCUUGAUCUAUGGUAUAUAUGACGUCUGUGGUGGUAACUGUCAAGAGCCACUGUUUAUAUUGGUUUAUCUGUCACAUGUUAUAUUUUCAGUCACUCAUUCGUUCCAUUCGUGCCAGCUGUUGUGAAUUGACCUGUAAGUAUAAUACAGACGUAGUGCGAGAAGAUUUGCCUUCGAAUUGUUACGGAAACGUACGAACGGGUCAUGCUAUUUCAGUCAGUGUCAGUACAAGAUGUACUCACAUUGACUGAACUAGCAUGACAAAUACAAACGUUUCCGAAGGAAACCCUUUUCUCACAUCUGUACCGAUCGAAACUUCUAACUAGAUUCAUAAACAAAUGACAAGUAUUUGUACAAGAGCCCGUGCUACCUGCUACAGUGAUUUUACUGUAUAUUUGAUAGAUUAGUCAGUAAGGGCCCCCCCACAUCUACGCUAGAUAUGGGGGGACCCUAAACUGCUCAAAAUAUUUUACUGCAUUUGAUUAUAUUAUAACUCUUUAGUUUAGUUAACACUAUUUGAUUAUAAUCCUUAUGGUUAGGAAAAGAGUGUCAGAAAUUCCGAUCUGUACAGUCAACCAAUCUGAAUCCUAGGCCACUGUAGAACCCUUUCACAGUAAAAAAGUCGAAAGUGACUGCUAUAGCAAAUAAAGCACGGUGUCAAUACGACAGGGUUCUAGAGAGACCUAUGAUUGUAAUUGGUUGACUGUACUAUGCUUUUUAAUAGUUCCAUGGAACUGAAACUUAUGGCCCGAAUUGAGCUCUAUAACUUAAGCGUUAAGAUGAAUCCCAAAUGGGAAAUGCCCAAUUUCGUAUUUGCAUUUGAAAUUAUUGAUGAAUCUGAACGGUUCUUAAUUGUGAAUAUUAAUUGUAAAUUGUAUUUAAAAAUUAUUCCUGUGUUAUGAAAGCACGGUUUCUAAAUUUUCAUCGUUUUUUGUUACACUUUUAAACUUAUGUAAAACAAAAUUCAUAAAAAUUUACAAUAGACAACAAUUUCGCAUAGAAAUAACUCAAUGCUUAUUGCACUUAUUUAAAAUUCAUAUUGACUAUGUUGACAUAAGUUUGUUUUUUAAUUGUAAGUUUUUUACAUGCAGCGUCGAAUGAAAAUGUCCCAACAGUAUUGUACCACCUUUGAUGUAGAC